CGUUAUUUUCCGGUUCGAGUAGCGUAAAGGAGUCGGUCGCGUCUGGACAGAGUUUUAGAGUGUUAAUAUAAAAAGUAUAUAAAGUUAUAAAAAUAAACCGCAAAAAAAUAUGAAAACCGCCAUUUUGUGUAUUUACAUGAGCUGGCUAGUGAUUUUGCAAAUCCAAGCUGAUGUACAAGAAAACGAUUUUGCUGAGCUUUGUAAUCAAUGCAAAGGAAACGCUUUACCUAGGUGCGCAACCGCAGACGAUGCUAGGCUGCGCAAGAGAGUCGAAUGCAAAUCAGAGGGUUGCACAAUAGCGAUGGCCACCGACGCCGAAACCGAUUACAUAUGCUUGAUGGAUGACGAAAGCCAGAAGAGUGUAAUGACCAAACAAAAGGAUAAUGGACCACAGAGGACCACGUUGCCGGUGCCACUAGCUCUACAGAUGGUUCCGACGACGGAAAGCUCUAAAGUGGACGCUCCAGCAUCUACUGAUCCAACGCAUACAAUUGAAAUUAUUGGAACUGGAGCAGAAAAUGUGAGUGUUGCCGGUCAGGAGGAGCAGAAAGAUAAUGUCCCUGCAAAGACAGAGAGCGAAGAAACAAUAAAUAAGAAGGAAAACGGGCAAAGUGCUGAAAAUGAGGAAAAGUCUGCAGAAGAAGUGGAUGCGUCAAAGCCAACUGGAGAAAAGAUAAAACCAGAGCAAGCUAACAAUUCAGACAAGGCAGAGUCAGUAGAAGUUAGCGCUGAAAAAGGGACUGCAGAAAUAGAUUUAGCAGCACCAAUUUUGCCACCACCAAUAGCGAAACCUGAAAUUAUACCAAAUUCUGCAGAUUACCCCGCCGAUGCACCGGCCAUGGAAGUGGCUACUUCGAAUGAGGAAGAAGAACAACCUCACACAGCAGAUGGCAAUGAAUCAGCGAAAGUCGACCAUAACGUGGCAGAGUCAAGUAAACAACAACAAAAUGCGAGUGAAAAUAGCGGCGAGGGAAAGCAAAUGCUAUCGGCGGAGAAAGGUGAAGUUAGACCAAACAGUGCUGAGCAAGAUGAUAUGAAUGAAGGCGGGCAUGAUACUUCGGUUGCAGAAAAUGAUAAUACGGCGCAAGUGAGUGAGGGAGAGGUUGAUAAGCCUAUCCAUAACGCUGGAACGCCGGUAGGUCCUGAACCUAUUGGCACUUUGGCGCCUGCUCCCACCCCUGCUGCUGCUCUCGGCGCUGACCAAUUCCUCACCUGCUAUUCGUGCUCUAGCACCACGGAUACAGGAUGCGCUGCAGGACCAGGAAAUGCUGUAAAUUGUAAAGCUAUGGAGGAUAAACAAAAUGGUUGCUAUACACUCUAUAAAGCUGACACAAAUGUCACUACACGCGGCUGCAUUUCCGAACUUACCGAAGAUGGCAUCAAGUACUGCAUGUCAAAUUCGAAAAAGUGCAUACUUUGUUACGAGAAGGGUUGCAACAACCUAUUGGCGCCAUCAUCUGCUAUCCGAAGUAAUGCAAUGCUGAGCUUUUGGCUGGGAAUCGCUAGUUUUGUGUGUUUUACAUUUUUAGUUUGAAGUAAAUAGAAUUUUGUCGUAAUUAAAACUAAAUAUCUAUUAAAAACUAUGUCAAAUACACAUCUAUUCCUUAAUUCGAAUAAAAAAAAAAGAAUAAAAUUUUUGUUGGUA